UACCCCUAAUUACAUGACGGAUAAUAUAUUUCAAACUGAUGAUAACUUCUCCAAUACUCUUCUUAUAACAUAAAAUCCUAUUACUCUAUUUUGUUUCCUACUAUAAUAUAGGGUUCUGUCCUUGGAUAUUCUUUUUGGUUUCAUAGAUUAUUUCUUCAUUCUUCUUGGAUACACAACUUCAAAUCACCUUCCAUUAAGAUUUAUGAGGUAAUGAAGUUAUAACUAGAGAAGAUCACUGCAAAAAUAUGGUAGAAUCUACUACACCCAGUGAUGCAAAAUCUAGUUCUUUAGAUGUAGUUGAUAUCAUUGAUAUUAGUGACGAUGAACUUGAUAUUUCUCACAACGGUAGUGGAAACAUUUCUCUUGCAACAUGUUUUGCAGGAGAGAAAGAAAAGGAUUUGGACCACAAUCCUGCACAAAACAAUGAAACUUUGGAUUUUUGUGAAGAUAUCAUAUUUGAAACAAGUGCCAAGAAGAAACGGGCUUGUAAUGUCGUUAUGAGCGAGUCUGAAAGUGAUCAUGAUGAUGAUGAUGAUGAUGAUGAUGAUGAUAUCAACAACUCUCUAACCACUGCUAAUUUAGAGGUUGAUAAGGUCAAUGACAUUCGAAUGCCAAGGCAACACGGUCUAAAGAGAUUAAGAAAAAUCGCAAGCAAAAAUCAGGAUGAUGAAACAUCUUUUGAUAGAGGUCAUAAGGUGAAAUAUCAACAAAGAAUUCCAACAAUUGAUGAUGAUGACACAUUAGAAGAGGAUUUGUUGUAUAGUGAGGAAGGUGAUUUGAGUGAUUUUAUUGUUGAUGAUGAUUUUGAUGUAUCUGAUUGUGAAGACAUGUCUAAUAAGGCACCAAAUGAGCUUAAGUGUGACUCGGAGUCUAAUUCGAGUGGCUCACAGGAUUUAUUACAAGAUAAUAACAAGGGUUCUUAUUCGGAAGAUGUAUCUGAUAGGAAAGGUAGCGGAGAAAAGGGAAAGAAUAUUGACUCCAAUAAUGACCAAUUCAGCGAGGAAAAUUCUGAUAAAGGUGAAGAUUUCUCGUGUGUUGUAACUCGCAAAACGAAACAGACCCGUAAUGUGGUUAUAAGUGAGUCUGAAAAUGAUGAUACCGACGAUGAUCAGCCAAUUGGUAAACUUCUGAGGAAAAAUGUUAAGGAAAUAAGUGUUGACGAGUUAACAAAUAUUGUUGAUAAUGGUGAUGAUGAUGCUAAUGAUGGUGGUGAUGAUGAUGAUGAUGAUAUGCCAAUUAGUCAAGUUAUGAGGAUGGAAAAAGCGAGUAGGUGCGGUUCAAAGCGUCUAAGAAAAUGUUUAAUCAAAAGUCGUGAUGCUAAACCAUCUUCGAGUAUUCCAACAAAUGGUGAUGCUCAUGAUGAUGAUGAUGAUGAAUCAAUAGAGGACUUAUCACUGAGUGAGGGAGGAAACUUGAAUGGUUUUAUUGUUGAUGAAUCUGAUUUUGAUGCAUCUAAUUGUGAAGUAACCUCUAGCAAAUCACAAGAUGGAUGUAAUGGUGAUGUUUACUCUGAUUCGGAUAACUCACAAGAUUUACCAGAUUGUAGCAAGGAUUCCGAUUCACGUGAUGCAUCUGAUGAGGACAUGAACUUUGGUAAGAUAUUAUCCAAAAUUCAGAGGAAAAAAAAGCACGAAAUUAAAUGGGAAUUCGAGGCUGACAUGCUUGCAGAACUUGGAAAGGAUGUGGUGUUAUGUAUGAAGGCUGUCUGCACUCUUUAUCGACAGCAAACUGAUGAUGAACAGGUGAUAAAGGGAACAGUGCACCGCAACGGGCGUGGAUUUAACUUUCAUGAUGCUGACAGAGGCAGUUAUUUGGCUGAUUUCCUGACUGAUGGCAGUCCUUAUGACGACAUAAAGAAGACCGUGGAGGAGUUGGAAAAUUUCGAUCCAGAAGGAGUUGAAGAUUGCAGAUCACUUGCUCUUCGCUACUCAAAACAACUAUAUGAGAUUUUCAAGAACAAAGAGGAUCCACUUUUCCCUUAACUCUCACAUCAACAGGUUUCUAAUCAAAAUGUUGAGAAAUGGAAUCAUGUGUUUAUCAGUUUUAGCAAGCAUUAGCAUGAUAGAAAUGUAAUCAUGAACACAUUUUGCUUGAUAUAUGCAUGUGUAUUUUGAAA